AUGCCGUUACCCUCUAUACUCCUCUCUGCCCUCUUAACCUUUGUGCUCCCACCCCUCCUCUUCCUAAUCUGGUACCUCCAUAUCCCCCGAAACCUCCCAAACCUUCCCCAAAUCCCAAUCUAUGUCUCAAUCCUCGGCCUCUGGUCCUCAAUGGGUCAGGAUGAGAUCUACGAACGCUGGUUCAGGGCUCCACUAGAGAAACACGGCGCCGUGCUAGUCUGGUUCGCAGGACGUUGGAGCGUUCUCGUCUCACGACCGGAUUGGUUAACCGAUAUGUUUCGCAAUGAACAAUUAUAUGCAAAAGCAGGGAGUCAGAUUAAAGUCCCGCAUGCUGUCAUUGCGACGCUUGUUGGUGAUAACAUUAUCAAUGCCCAUGGUGAGAAUUGGAGGCUGUAUACUGGUAUUAUGAAGGCUGGGUUGCAGAAGAAGGUUUUUGAGACGACUUCUUUGUUGAAACAGUCGAGGAGGCUAGUUGAUGUUUUGAUUGAUCUGCAGAAGAAGACUGGAGCCAACAAGGGUAUUCUGGUUAUGGCAGAUGUACAGAAAUGGGCUGUUGAUGUGAUGGGCGAAAAUUUCUUGGAUUUGGAUUUGAAGAGUCUGGGCCAACCAGACGGCGCCGUCCGAAUCGAAGCCCUCCAAUCCAUAAUCAAAGCAACCCUCUUCAAACCAAUGUACUUCAGUUUCCCCGAUCUUGACCACUUCCCCUGGCUACUACCCUCACGCAAACGCGCGUACCAAAUAAUGCACGAAUUCGACAACCGACUGUACACAAUGAUAAUGAACAUGCUCCACAAGCGCACACAAGACAAACCCACGCAAUCCGAAGAAAUGGUCUCGCACAUGCUGGGGGAAGCAUACACAUCUGGCCGAAUAACCGAGAAGCAAUUCCGCGAUAAUCUAAAGAUAACCUUUUUAACGGCCCACGAGAAUGCCCAGCAACUCGUUACGUCGAUGUUCUGGCAGCUGGGGACACGAGUCGAUAUUCAAGAUCGAUUACGGGAGGAGAUCCUGACUACAGCAAAAGCCCAUCCAAAUCCAUCCCAGGAAAUUAUCAACAGUCUACCGUACCUGACGGCCGUGGUGUUGGAACUACUUCGUCUCUUCCCGCCUGUAUGUCAGCUGAUUAACCGAGUCGCGUUACAGCCCGCGUUACUGGGUGGUGAACUUCCUAUCCCAAAGGGGGCAUUUGUGGGAUGGAAUGCUUGGGCCGUGCAUAGUAACCCCGAAGUAUGGGGUUCUGAUGCGCGAGAGUUCCGGGCUGAGAGGUGGGGGGAUACUGUUGAGGAGAUGCAGGGGCGGUUUCGGAGGGAGACGGUUCGGGGCACGUAUAUUCCGUUUAAUGCGCAUAAGCGGAAGUGCCUUGGGCAGGGGUUUGCGUUGUUGCAGGUGAAGAUUUUGUUGUUUGUUUUGUUGGGGAGGGUUAGGUGGGUUGUUGAUCCUCAGUAUCGGUUGAAGAUGACGCCGGGUGGGAUCCUGGCACCGCUGGGUUGUCGGGUUAUUUUGACCGAGUUGGAGACUUCGGCGUAA